UUUCAUCAUUCAGGGCCCAUUGCUUCAACCAGAAUGAAAGUACUUGCAUUUACCCUUCUUGCUCUAGUGGCUGCCAGCGCCCAGGCCGGCAAGCUGACCGACGCCUUGGUCAAGGUUAUUCCGAGUUUUCCCACCGGAUUCGUGAUCAACGGUACUGAAGCCGAUCCCCAUUCCGCACCUUACAUCGUCUCCCUGGGCACCAACUUCAACAAGCACUCGCACAUCUGCGGAGGAACCAUCAUCAACAAGGAAUGGAUCGUCACAGCCGCCCAUUGCAUCUCCAACCCCGUUGGCAUGAGCGCCAUCGCUGGCCUCCACAUCCGCGCCGAGGUCGAUGAGCGCACGCAGCAUCGCCAGAUUGACUUUGGUCGCGUCCACGAGCAGUACAGCGGCGGCGUCGGACCCUUCGACAUUGCUGUGUUGCACGUCAGCGAGCCCUUCGAAUUCAACGAGUUCGUCAGUCCAGCUACCCUGCCCAGCCGCGAGGAAAUCCACGAGGGUGAGACCCAUCUGUACGGUUGGGGCCAGCCCAAGUCAUAUAUAUUCACACCCGCCAAGACUCUGUUGACAAUCACCACCGAGAUUGUCAACUACGAACAGUGCAAGGAAGUUCUACCCGAAGAUGCCCCAUUGGCUUCCACCAAUCUGUGCUCCGACUCCCUGCAGGAGAGCAAAUCUGCUUGCAAUGGUGACUCCGGCGGCCCCCUGGUCGUCGAGCACGCCGAUGCUGCCUCUGAGCUGAUCGGCGUUGUCUCCUGGGGCUACAUUCCCUGCGGCCUGGCUAACAUGCCCUCGGUCUACACUCGUGUCUCUGCCUACGUCGACUGGAUUGCCAAGAUCCAGAGUGCUUUCUAUAUUCUGAAGCAAUCAACCGAAAUGAAAGUAGUCGCCGUUACGCUCUUCGCCCUUCUGGCUGCCAGCGCUCAGGCUGGCAAGCUGAGCGAUUCUCUGGUCAAGGUGAUUCCUAGCUUUGCCACUGGAUUCGUUAUAAAUGGCACCGACGCUGAGCCCCAUCAGGCGCCUUACAUUGUGUCCCUGUCCAACAACUUCAACAAUCAUUCGCACAUCUGCGGCGGCACCAUUGUCAACAAGGAAUGGAUCGUCACAGCUGCCCACUGCAUCUCCAACCCAGUCGGCAUGAGCGUCAUCGCCGGUCUGCACGAGCGUACCGAGGUCGACGAACGUACCCAACACCGCCAGAUUGACUUUGGUCGCAUCCACGAACAGUUCGGAGGUGGUGUUGGCCCCUAUGAUAUCGCCGUCUUGCACACCAUCACCACCAACAUUAUCAACUACGAUGAGUGUCUGUAUUUAAUGCCCGCGAAUUCCUCCCUAGCUGCAAGCAACAUUUGCUCCGAUUCGCUGCAGCAGAGCAAAUCUGCAUGCAAUGGCGACUCCGGCGGCCCCCUGGUCGUCGAGCACGACGAUGCUGCCUCUGAGCUCAUUGGCAUUGUCUCCUGGGGCUACAUUCCCUGCGGCUUGGCCUCAUCAACAGCUGUUAACAUGAAACUUUUUGUGGUGCUCAUUGCAUUGGCCGUGGCCUCGGCAAAGGCCAACAUUAUUGGCUGGCCCGGAUUCCCCGAGGGUCGCAUCAUCAAUGGCAACGAGGCCAGGGCUGGUGAGGCACCCUUCAUUGUGUCCCUGCAGACGACCAAGAACGCCCACUACUGCGCCGGCUCUCUGAUCAGCGAUCGUGUUGUCCUUACCGCCGCCCACUGCAUGACCUACGCCAACUUCCAGGUGGUUGCUGGCGCUCACAGCCGCUCGGACAACUCCCAGACGCAGGUGCGUCAGGCCAGCAGCUCCCGCCAGACGGUGCACGAGAAGUACGACGGCGGUGUCGGUCCCUACGAUCUGGGUCUGAUCUUCCUGGAGAAGCCUUUCGAUAUUAACGCAUUGACACGCGAUGGCAGCGCACCUGUGUCGACCAUCUCGCUGGCCACCAACCAGUUCACCGCCAACACCGAUGGCGUGCUCUUCGGCUGGGGACGCGACAACUCUGGCUCGCUGCCCGACAAGCUGCAGAAAUUGGAUGUGGAUAUCAUUGGCUACAACGAGUGCUUGGCUCAGCUGCCACGUGGCAACAAACUGGCCGAUAGCAACAUUUGCACCUACACCGCCGGCACCACCGAUGGCGCCUGCAACGGCGACAGCGGCGGCCCAUUGGUUAACAAGAAGGCCGAUGGCUCCUACCAACUGGUUGGCAUUGUCUCCUGGGGCUACACUCCGUGUGCCAGCACCAAGUAUCCAUCUGUCUACACCUACACAGGUGCCUACACCUCCUGGAUCCAGGAGCACAGCAACGACUACUAAAGCGUCUGAUUGAAUAAACGAAAUGAACUUUUGCAAUA